GAACUCGGAUCGGUGGGUUAUCCACUCGUCCACUUCCUCGUAGGGUGGAGAUAUGGCAACGGGCCUUCUCCCCGCUGCUUCGCUACCGCCGUCAUCAUCAUCUCUCCGAGAAAGAAGACAUCCCCCCGACAUCACCUCCUCCACGUCGUCUUCCUCUUGGUUCCUCUCCCGAUUUCCAUCUAUUCGGUCUUCUCGCUCCCCAUGGCCCUCGGCCGCGACCUCGCGGCGGAGGAGCGGCGGCUUCUCGGUGUCCUGCUGCCUCCCUCCGACCCCCUCCACCAAGCUUUAUGUUAGUGGUCUUUCAUUUCGUACAACUGAGGAAAGUCUUAGAAAUGCUUUCCAAAAUUUUGGUCAGCUUGUAGAAGUUAACCUGGUCAUGGACAGAAUAGCAAAUAGGCCAAGAGGCUUUGCUUUUCUUCGUUAUGCCACCGAAGAGGAAUCCAAAAAGGCCAUUGAGGGGAUGCAUGGAAAGGUAAAUCCAGGAUCGAGAGGAGACCACGAAAGAGAGCUCAAAGUGGAGAAGAAAAUGAGCCAGAGAACGAGUCAUCGACUCCAGAUCCUGCGUCCAUUGCCGAACCUCCAUCGCCGCCUCCGCCCUCGAAUAUAUUUUGCAUCAAGCUCUGCCCUAUCUGCUGCGCCGCGCUGGUGACGAACCCUCGGACCACCUGGGUUAUCAGACCACCGCUACCCCUUCCUCUCCCUGCAUGGUUCAUUCCCGGCAUCCGCGGGUAGCCCACCGGAACACCACCUUGCCAAACUCCGUUGCUCACCCCCAUGCCCACUCCCACCGAGUAAGGGGUCUGCUGCUGCGGUGUUCGCGGUCGUGGCACCGUGUGUCGCCGCGGCAGCGUUGGCGGCGGGCUUGGCUGAGCCUGCAACAUCUUCGCCGUCGCACACCCAAUGUGGGCAUCAAACUCGCACAAGGCGCAGCGGUAGAGCCACUGGUUCGAGCCCAUCCCCCCGCACAGGUCACACGAGAACCCAUUAUUCUCGUAAGGAACGGAGAAGACGAGGCUGAGGGGGUGCUCGUGGGCGCCAUGGCUGACGGAGAGCGGCAUGGAGGCGCACAAGCUGUGCAGGUCGACGCCGCAUGGUUCGCAGUGGUACGAGAAGCCGGCGCCGUCGUGGCCGCACGCGUCACAGUUGAAGGAGCCCUCUUUGUAGGCGGGGACGGUGAGGAGGGUGAGGCUGUGUUGGGGGUCCGCCGGGUGGCGGAUGCGCUGCGGCAUCUCGGCGCAGGAGAUGUGGAGGGUGUAGUUGCAGGCCUUGCACGAGUAAGCCCAGCUGGAGGCACGAAAGGUACAGCCGGCGCACGUCGGCGGGGUGAGCGACUGUUGCAGAGAUGCGAGCUCCAAGGGGUGGGGGUGGCUGAAAUGGUUGAUCCGUGGUUCAUAGCCCAAUCUUCCCAUGCUUCCUCCUGGCUUUCUCUGAAACAAGCAAGAGUUCUUUUGGCCUCUAAGAAGGAGAAAGAGAGAGACGGAGAAAGAGAGAGGGAGAGGAAGAGAAGACUUGCUCUGAUGGAGGUGGUCAAGUCAACGAGGAGAAUGGUGUGGUUGUUACUGUUGGAGAUGUUGACUUUUGAGAUAAUAGAUUACGGAGUCCAGUUAGAUAGA